UUUUUGCCCAUCGCUUGGACUCAAGAACAACUGUUUUAGAAUCUUCAUCUUUUUAAAAUUCAAAGCUUACCUGUUCCCUAACUUUUUUUUCCGAUUAAUAUUUUCAAUAAUAGUGCAAACUAGGGUUUGGGGUCUUUCAUCAUUCGAAGUUGUCUUUUUUAUUUAUUGUUAUUCGUUAUUUAUUUAUUUUUUUUCUUAAUCAAUAGGGAUUUGGGUUUUUAUAUAUUUUUGUUUGGACCGUGAAGUCUAUGCAAUUUCUGGUUUAUUUUUUUGGCUAAAUCUUGGAUUGAUGUCUGCAUCAGAGAUGGGUUUUGCUGUUUCUGAUGAACUGUUAGGAACUUUUGUGCCAAUUUUAGUAUACUGGUUGUACUCUGGUAUCUAUGCUCUUCUGGGUUCGUUUGAGGAUUAUAGGUUACAUUCAAAGAAAGACGAGGACGAGAAGAAUUUGGUGUCUAAAAGAACUGUGAUCAAAGGGGUUAUUCUACAACAAACUAUUCAAGCUGUUGUUGCUAUCCUCUUGUUUACGGUGACGGGAAAUGAUGGAGACAGUGCAGGUCCAAAACAUUCUUUGAUUGUUUUGGCAAGACAGUUUGUUACUGCAAUGUUGGUUUUGGAUACUUGGCAAUACUUUAUGCAUAGAUACAUGCAUCAUAAUAAGUUUCUGUACAAGCAUAUCCAUUCUCAACACCAUCGGCUUGUCGUACCCUAUGCAUUUGGAGCUCUGUACAAUCAUCCCUUGGAGGGUCUUCUCCUUGACACAAUUGGUGGGGCCUUAUCUUUUCUCCUCUCUGGCAUGUCUCCUCGGGUAUCCAUCUUCUUCUUCUCCUUUGCAACCAUCAAGACAGUAGAUGACCAUUGUGGGUUAUGGCUUCCUGGCAACCUCUUCCACGUGUUUUUUGGAAAUAAUACUGCUUAUCAUGAUGUUCACCAUCAGCUAUAUGGAACCAAGUACAACUUCUCGCAACCAUUCUUUGUCAUGUGGGAUAGAAUACUCGGAACUCAUAUGCCUUACACAUUAGAGAAGAGAGCAGAUGGAGGGUUUGAAGCACGGCCUGCGAAGGAAGUUAAGGAAGAAUGAUUAUUACGUGAUUAACAUUGACAUAUUUUGUUUGUAUCAGUAUUAUUUCUUCGUCAGAGAACCACACUGCUAAUUUAUUUUGUAUAUACAUAUAAUGUUGUGCCUUAUACUUUUGAAUUCUCUGUUUAUAUUAGUUUUUUAAACUUAAAAAAAUGGGAUUCAGUGUGCACUAUGAUAGAAUUUAGCCACUAGCUUAGGUAACUUUUACUCUUUAUCUGUUCUAGUUUUUGAUGGAUCAGCAGUCGUUGGGGUCCACUUGUUAGCUUACCGUAAUUUAUUUCCAGUUCCAGAAUGUCUCUACAUUAUGUGAAGUAGGUCAAUUAGCUAGUUCAUCCUUGAAUGGUUAGGUCGCUGUUGGCACAUAUUAAUAGUCAACUUUGAUGACUAGUUUUGUGUUC